AUGCCGCCCAAAAAGCCUGCCGGUAAUGUCGUUCAGGCAGAGGUCGUCUUGCACCAGUCGCUCAAGAACUGCCUUGUCAACUUACCGUCGUCGCUCGUGUCGGUGCUUGUCAAUGCAAACACGGUCGCCCAGAAUGUCGUCGUCGAGCUCUCAUACCGCCAGCCUCCCCCUCCCGGCGCUACCGACAACAAGAAUGCCACUCCAAAGUCCGUCUUCCUGGGAUGGACGGGCAUGCAGAGCAAGCGCAAGAUUGCGCCCGUCGUCGGCAAGGAUGGCCUGAGAGGCAGCCCAGCAGUCAGCCAACAAGACCUUCCGGCAGUCGAAGUAGAUGCUACGUUUGCGCGACUGAUCGGUCUUCAGCAGGGCCAGAAAGUCGGCAUCAUACUGCACCUCGACCCUCCCCAAGCCCACACCAUCAACAUCGAGCCAUUGACACCUGUCGACUGGGAGAUGAUCGAGCUACACGCACAAUUUCUUGAACUAAACUUCCUCUCGCAGAUACGCGCACUGCCUAACCCACAAGCUCAGUCGCCGCACCCCCUGACCCUCCAUCUAUCCCCUACUACCACCGCAAAUAUCACUGUCACCUCUAUUGCCCCCGCGCCGCAGAACACAUCGCUCUUUGUCAAAAUCUCGCCCGACGCAGAAGUCAUUGUUGCGCCCAAGACACGACAAAAGGAGAGGAGCUCGACUCGGGAAAGCCGGAGCGUGGGCGCUGCUUCAAGAAAGAGCGGAAAGAGCACUGCCAGCACAGUCCGGCGUCGCAGCGGUCGUGAGGAUGCUGCGACAAAGGGUGUUGUCUUCUUGCGCGGUGUUGACCGCAGCGUUGCCCAGGAGUGGUUUGACGACGAAGACGAUGCCGACAUAGAGGCACUGAAGGUCUGGGUUGAUCCCGAGGUACUCCUCACGAAGGCACUCAGGGGGAUCACUUGGGUCUCUGUAUCAGUUAUCAAGCCUGCAGGUUUACAAGAGCCCGUCGACAUGUCCAAGGAGCAAGAGCAGGAGAAAUCUGCGACUCGCAUAGUAGCCAAAAUCGUCCCAUGGGAAGAUGCGCCUGACAGCCGUCAUGUGGCGCUUUCGGUCGGCCUGUGCAAGGUUUUGGGUUGUGAGAAGUUCGUUGGUGGAUUGGUUCGCAUCGAAGGCGCACCUGCCCAAACUCCCAAGCCACCUGCCAUCAAGCCACAGGGUACCAAAGAGUCCAGGGAGCCAACUGUGAAAUCAAUCAAGAUUGCACCUUUCGCCACAGUAGCAUCGCUCAGCAAUGCAUCACUGAAAUUUGGUGGCGAGUCAAAACAGGACCAGGAGAAUGCUAUACAAAAGAUCAGAGCGUCGUAUGGAAAAAAGAACGGAAUUAUGGACGGGCCGGUUACUGACGGCAUGAUACUACCACCAACAAAGGAUUUCGAACUUGGCUGGCAAGGAGGUAUUGUAAAAUUCGAGCCUCCCUCGACAGCCAGUGGUGUAUCAUGGGUCCUCUUUCCUGAGAGGAAACCACCACUUGAACUGGGUCCAGAAGUGUCGGUACCGUCGAGUUGGGCCAAGGGAUUGCAGCAGGGGGAUCCAUUACCCGAAACUCCUGCUCACCUUGUUGGAAUUGACCCUCUGAUCGCACAAUUGAGAUCGCACCUGACGCACAAUUCAUCAGUGCUCCUUACUGGAGGUCUCGGCGCAGGAAAAUCAGAAUGCGCUCAGCUUCUUGCCCACCAGCUUCGGACCGAGUACCUGUUUAACACCACAUACUUUCCCUGUCGCAAGCUGGUGACGGACGAGACGCGUGUUGCGACCAUCAAAGAAACACUCAAUAGGUUGUUUGCCACGGCGUCAUGGGGUGCACGUGGUGGUGGAAAUGCCAUAGUCAUUCUGGAUGACCUUGACAAGCUAUGUCCUGUGGAAACCGAGCUUCAGGUUGGCAAUGAGAAUGGCCGAAGUCGGCAGGUCAGUGAGUGCCUGAUCAAUAUUGUCCGACAGUAUUGCUCCAUGGACUCUGGCGUGGUGCUACUAGCAACAGCACAGGGCAAAGAAGCUCUCAACAACGUCAUCGUUGGAGGUCACAUUGUUCGUGAAAUCGUCAGUCUGAAGGCACCCAACAAGGACGGCAGAAGGAAAGUCAUUGAAAUGCUAGCUUUCAAGGAUGCCAAACCAGAGUCAACCGAGCAAGUUAAUGGCCAUGCCUUCCCAGCCUCUCCAUCAAAUAGCCGACCAAGCACUUCUCACCGCAGCAAUGCUAGUGUCGACAGCAUACAAAUACCGCCUUCUGACGAAUAUGGCUUCACCGUCGACUCUUCCAUCGACUUUCUCGAUCUUGCGGGGCAGACGGACGGUUACAUGCCUGGUGAUCUUGUUCUGCUCACUUCACGUGCGCGAAACGAAGCACUCAUCCGUUCUGUCACAUCAACAUCUCCUACCGUGACUCUUACGCGAGAAGACUAUACUAAAGCCCUUUCAGGCUUUACGCCUGCCUCGUUGAGGAACGUCACAUUACAGUCUAGCACCACCAAAUGGGAGUCGAUAGGUGGUCUACACAACACACGCCAGAUUCUCUUGGAGACACUACAAUAUCCCACCACGUACGCCCCUAUCUUCGCAAAAUGCCCACUACGUCUCCGCUCAGGUCUACUUCUUUAUGGCUACCCUGGAUGCGGCAAAACAUUGCUCGCCUCUGCGGUAGCAGGUGAAUGUGGUCUCAACUUCAUUUCAGUCAAGGGCCCUGAGAUCCUCAACAAGUACAUUGGUGCGUCUGAAAAGUCUGUGCGUGAUCUAUUUGAGCGAGCAGAGGCAGCGCGGCCUUGCGUCUUGUUCUUUGACGAGUUCGACUCGAUCGCGCCGAAGCGUGGUCAUGAUUCUACAGGCGUAACAGAUCGUGUCGUCAAUCAGCUCCUCACCCAGAUGGACGGUGCAGAAGGUCUUUCAGGCGUCUACGUCUUGGCCGCUACCUCGCGCCCUGAUCUCAUCGACCCUGCGCUCCUCCGUCCUGGUCGUCUAGACAAAUCCCUCCUCUGCGACAUGCCCGACGAAGAAGAGCGCAUCGACAUCCUGCGCGCAGUGACCGCAAAACUGCACCUCGCACCCAGCAUCCUCUCAGCCGACACAUCUGGCCAGAAUCUCCGCGAAAUUGCCUCCAGAACAGAAGGCUACUCCGGCGCCGACCUCCAAGCCGUCGUUUACAACGCCCAGCUAGAAGCCAUCCACGACGCCCUCGGCGACACCGACCCUUCUAAACUCGAUGCCGCCGGCAACAAAAACACCGGCACAAAAGAUACAAAGGGCAUCCCUGACUUUUCUUACUUCCGCUACGGGGACGACGAGAGCAACACACCCGCCGACUCCGCACUGCGCACCUCGCACCACAUCUCCGAGCGCGCCCUUAUCGCCCAGAAAAUAUCAUCCCUCCAAUCCCUCCGCAAGAAGCAAAAGCAACUCCAACGUUCUGUUAGCGGGCUCCUUGAUCCCAAGGACUCUUCCUCUCCCAACGGCCUUGCAGACACCAAAACAGAGGAUGCAUCUACUGACAGAAAGGAUCCUCAGAUUCAAUGGUCUCACAUCGAAUCGUCAUUGGUGUCUGGAAGAAGCAGUAUCUCAGCUCAAGAGCGAAUGCGCCUCAAGAGAAUAUACACGGAGUUUGUCGAUGGAAGGGAUGGCAAUUUGCCGAAUGGACAAGGAGGGACGGAGAUUGGAGGGAGGAGUAGUUUGAUGUGA